AUGUUAGACAAACCUGAUCUCAAUCUGUUUGUAGAUGGCUCUCGAUACGCAGAUAAUCAGGGCAGAUAUCAUACUGGAUAUGCAGUCACCUCCUCACGUGAUGUGCUACAAGCCCACCCUCUUUCUCCUGACAAGUCUGCCCAAGAGGCUGAACUGAUAGCCCUCACUGAAGCCUGCAGGAUGGCUGAAAAGAAGACUGCCAAUAUAUACACAGACUCUAGAUAUGCCUUUGGAGUAGCUCUUGACUUUGGCCCCAUCUGGAAGAGCCGCAAUUUCAUCACGGCAAAUGGAACUCCUGUAAAAAAUGCUGGAGCUGUGCAAGCAUUAAUGGAGGCCCUGACACUCCCCAAGCAGGUAGCUAUACUCAAAGUCAAGGCACAUUUAAAAGCGGAUACUCCAGAGACCCAAGGAAACGCCAGAGCCGACAGAGCAGCAAAGGAGGCUGCAAUGAGGAAAAGGGAGGAGGUGAAGAUGAUGAUAGCCCAGACACGAUCUAAGGUCGCAAGGAACGAGGCAGGUAAACCACAUGGACUCCUUCUCACCAAGGAAACACUGGAAGAUAUACAGGAAGCAGCAUAA